CGCAGAGUGAGUGCGCGAGGGAAAGUGGCAGCUCAGGCGAGCGCGAACGCAGAUCAUCAUUCAGAGGCGCUGCGCGAUACUGGACACAACGCACCGCUGCUCCUCUGAUACUGGAUUAACAAACCUUGAGUGUAGAAGAAGUGCACUAAAAAGUGGCCAAAAGUUAUGGAAGAAAGAAUACCCAGAAUGCAGGGCAGACAGUUCCUGGAUCACGCGGAUUUCUUGGGGGUUGAAUAUUCGUCUCUGUACAUGUGCAAAUCGAAAAGAGGAAUGAAGAGAGAAGAGGGAAAGGACGCUUACAAGUUACCGCACAGACUGAUCGAGAAAAAGAGGAGGGACAGAAUAAAUGAAUGUAUUGGGCAGCUGAAAGAUUUAUUACCAGAACAUCUUAAACUUACGACCCUUGGUCACUUGGAAAAAGCGGUUGUUCUUGAAUUGACGCUAAAGCAUUUAAACGCUUUGACAGCUGUCACAGAGCAACAACACCAGAAGAUCAUCGCUUUACAGAAUGGGGAGCGAUCGUUGAAGACGUCUCUCCAGGCGGAUUUAGACGCUUUCCAUUCAGGCUUUCAAGCUUGUGCCAAAGAAGUCCUGCAGUAUCUGAACAAGGUGGAGAACUGGACCGCUCGCGAGCAGAGGUGCACGCGUCUCAUCAGUCACUUGCACAAAGUUUCCGCGCAGUUUCAGCCCGGCGCUUGCCUGCUGCCCGGCGAUGACGCGCAAGAGCGGGACGCGCAAAGAGAUGCGCAAGCCAACUGCGUCCCCGUCAUCCAGAGGACUCAGAACCUCGAGCUUAACGAGAACGACACGGACACCGACAGUGGAUACGGAGGAGAGGCGGAGAAAGGCGACGGCAAAUGCGAGAAAGGAUGCGACGUGGCGAAAGGAGUAAAGAUCAAGCAGGAGUUUGGAGACGAGCGCGUCACCAAAAAGCCCAAAAUGAACUGGUCUUCGAACGGCGCGCCUUGCGCAGAUUCUGCCGGUACCCGGCCGGACGUGGCGUUUGUGAACUCGUUAAUGGGAAUGGCAGGUGUCGGUGGACAACAAACUCCGUUUUGCAUGCCGUUUUACUUCAUUAACCCGUCCGCAGCAGCAUCGUACAUGCCUUUGUUUGAUAAAAGUCAUUUGGAGAAGUUGGUGUAUCCGGCAGCGGCGCUGACCACCCCGUUCCCCUGGCUUUACCCCGGGAUCCCCGCGCAUGCGUCAGCCGCGGCCGCCGCUGCCAUCGCUUUCCCCAGGGUGGCAACCGAUAAAAGCUCUGAAUUUGAUGCAGGACCCUCAAAAGACAGCGAGUCGCCUUCUCCUGAUGGUGAUCUGUCAAACGAGGCCGAGCUUGCCUCUCCUGUGACUGGGGAGCAUGGAUCAGAUAAUGAUGCUGGUCAUCAGCCCCAAAGUAAUGAAAAUGAUGGUACAUAAGCUGAUCUUUUGGUCUUUCACUAAUUUGCUUGUAAAAUCGCGCGUAUAUUUAUCCGUUUCUUAAUUUAAUUGUCAUUGUCAUUACUGAGUAUUAACUAUAGUGUGUCUAUGGAUUUCCAAACAAAUGCUGUUCAUUUAUUUGGUAUUUUUUGUAUAUUUUUUCAUUAUUAUUAUUAUGACUCAAAGCAGUUGAAACAAAGUUUCACAACAACAUUGAUUUGUGGUUUCUAAGGGGAGAGUGGGGGACGUUGUAACAGCCAGUGCCUUUAGCACUGAGGUAUUUCAAUGAAAAUCCAAACUGAUCGACAGCAACCAUUAUGACCUUGUCUUGCCAUCCAAUGGCAUAUUGGUAUUGACUAAAAAUGUGUAAAAUCGAAGACUUUUACACAUACCGUAUAUUUUUGUUGUUGUGAUUUUAAUGAAGAAACUUAUAGUUUAGUGCAAUACAUAUGAUAUUAAUCUUCUUUAAGCUACAGAACACCCCUUUUCAGCGAGAGUUCUUCUCAAAGAUUUGGAAUUCACAUACUGGACUCUUGGAUGUAACGUUUAAUACUGACCUUAAGCAGGCUGGUGUGACUGCUAUUCAGUAUUUGUCAAAUAACUUUCUAUUUGCUAGAAAGACUGCAUUCUGUCCUUGACAGGAUCAGUCGUAUUUUCUCUUUUAAUGUUCAGUGCUUGAAGCAGUUAGAAGACUUAAAUACCUCAAUGUACCAUAGUGUUUGGGCCAGCACUCGUGCUCCUCUGUUAGGGGUGGUGACAAAACGUUUUGAACAUUACUAAUUGGACAAAUCAUGUGAGCAACAAUCCUCUGAUGUCAUGUUACAGCAGCCCCUGCCUCUCUCUCCUGAACAAUGCAUACAAAACAAUUAUUACCAGAAGGAAAUAAACUCUCUAAAUUGGACAAGCAGAGCGAAUUAUUUUUAAUCGUCAAUACUUGUGAUAUCAGGAUAAUGUUUUAGCAACACAGAGAAUUUACAAUUCGUCCCUCCCUAUCCUGUGACACAGAGCAUCACAUUGCUUGCACCUCUAGCUAAAAUGUAAAGGUAUACUAGCACCUUAUGGAACUUUGAUAUUGAAUGUAAUCUGUGUUCUUUUGGUAGAUAAAAAAGUUUGUACUGUAUAUAUUCUGAUACAAGUAGUAACUUAAUCCUUAGGAAAAGUGCACUUUUUCUUGCCUUCGCAAUUUCCUAUAACACAAUCCUCACUCUUCAUAUUUAAGCCAAUGCCCUUUGAACUCAAACUAUGAUGUGUUUUCUUAAAGAAACGUCUCAACUUUAUGGCAAGUGUUGGACUAUGUCUAUCUAUGUAUGUAUAACAUCAUGAUUUUCAAAGCUCACAUAUGGGCUGCCUCAGUGACAGUUCUUACUGUCAUGACUUUGGUUGAAAAGUGUGAGGUGAUCGGUCAUGUAUUGCCUUUCGAAACAUUGUCACUGUUCAUGACCUGUGGAAAGCAACAUGGGUCAUGCUGUGUAUUGUGCAAAUGUUGUGGAGCAUUGUAAGAUGACAAAUGAAUAAAAAGAUAAACUGAUGUUUGGACUAGAUAGAUCUAAGAUGAGGAGGUGCUUACGUGUAUACAUCGGAGAUUGACUUUCAACCCAGGUUUUACUGAAUGUGUUCAUUUUUGAAUGUAACAGAUGACUGAUUUUUGUUUAUAUUGUUACACAUUUCAUAGGCCCUUUAGUGUCUUCGCCUCAGCUGUCAUUUGGCUAAACAGUGGCAUGUGGAUGUAUAUAGUUUGUGAAUAUGCUGUAUGUUUAAUGUUCAUGUUGUAGAAGAAAUCUAUGGAUUUUUUUAAGGAUAAACUGAGCGACUGCAGCACAUUUCCUUAACGCUUUACACAUUUUCUGUUUGAAAUUACGCAGCUCAGUUCCAAAAUAAACAUAAGCUCAUGUGAACGAAAUGUCACUACCCCCUUUUUCAUUUACUCAUGGUGGAAAUGUAUGUGAUAUUUUUACAGUGCAUUUUACGUCAUUGUGUUCACAGCACACAAGAGAACUUGUGUACAGAUAGUUGAUAUAACAAUCCCUCUGAUCUCACUUUAGUACAGGUCAAAGUAUGCAUGUGGCACACAUCUUUCAGAACAUCCAUAACUGUGUUACUUUGGUUGUUAACCACCCAGAAACACUUGCUUACAAUAUGGUUUGCAUAAUCUGGUAUGUAAUAAAUACCAGUGAUUUUCAUGUAAUACAAUGCAACUAUAACAAAUGAAAAUCAACUUAAUGAGAAUAAAACUGUCUCUGGAACACCUGGACACUGCUGAGGAUUC